AAAUGCUGAACUUUCACACCGUCCCGCCGCUUUUCUCCGGUAACCGACCAGGUGAAGCCCGGUGAAGCUGGUCCUGUCGGCCCGCUGUAGGCUUGGUGUCUCCGCCUGCUGCCGAACCGGAACCGGAUCAAACCGACCAACUUCUUCUUCAUGUUCGUCUUCAGAGCAACACCAAAGUUCCUGUUAGCCGUUAGCCGCUAGCUCCCGCUCGGUGUUCGGUCCGGGGCUCGGUGGGGUAGAAACGGUGCUUUGCCGGCCGUGAACGGCUGUGACCGUUAACGGGCCGCUGCUGUCGGCAUUUCCGGGACAGCUGGAAGCUAACGGACCCGGAGCUAACGCCGGAAUAGCGGAGAUUACCGGAGGAUCAACAGGUCACCGACCGGAACUUCAGGAACCACGGAGAACCGUGCUCGACCCGACCCGUGGAGACUCUGAGAUCACCAUGGCGUUUCCUUGACAACGACCCUUUAGCCACCUGGACCCUCUCAAACAGGACUCCUGUGACGCCUGCUGUUUCUGUGCUCUGAUUGGUCGCCUGUCAGCCACUCGUCAUCAUGCAGCUGGCCUAUCAGAAGCUGCCAGCUCAGUUGAGGCGGAGCUCCAGACUCAGGAAGCUGACAGCUGUGCUGCUGGCUGCCUACGCCGUCAAGAAACUCACCCCAUACGUCUGGAGGAGGCUGCAGAGGAGUGUGGCAGGUGAACAGCUGGGCGGAGCUAAUCUACCUGGGGGUGUGGUCGGCUGCACCAAUGGCGAGGAGAAGAAGAAGAAGAAUCACAGCAGGUCCCCCUCAGUGAACAAAGAAUUUGUCCUCCGACUGUCUCGUCUCCUGAAACUCUUGUUUCCACGGUUACUGAGUCCAGAGAUCGGACUUCUGGUUCUGCAUUCUCUGACCCUGAUGUCCAGAACCUUCCUGUCCAUCUACGUGGCUGCACUGGAUGGUGUGAUCGUGCGGUGCAUCGUGCAGAAGGACCCUCAGGCCUUCGUGCUGCAGCUCUCUAAGUGGCUGCUUGUCGCAGUUCCUGCAACUUUCAUCAACAGCGCCAUCAGGUUCCUGGAGGGUCAGCUGACUCUCAGCUUCAGGAGCCGUUUGGUCAGCCACGCCUACCAGUUGUACUUCACCAACCAGACCUAUUACCGUGUCAGCAACAUGGACAGCCGUCUGUCCAAUCCCGAUCAGUCUCUGACCGAAGACAUCGUCAUGUUUUCAGCCUCCAUCGCUCACCUGUACUCCAACUUGACCAAACCCAUCCUGGACGUGAUUGUCACCUGCUACACGCUGCUUCGCACUGCCCACUCUAAAGGAGCUAACACCACGUGGCCGUCAGUCAUCGCCGGCUUGGUGGUGGCACUAACUGCUAAAGUCCUGCGUUCCUGUUCGCCUCGCUUCGGGAAGCUGGUGGCCGAGGAGGCCAAGAGGAAAGGAGACUUGCGAUACAUGCACUCACGCAUCAUCACCAACUCUGAGGAGAUCGCAUUCUACGGAGGACACAAGGUGGAGAUGGCCCAGCUGCAGCGGAGCUACAUGUCCCUGUCGUCUCAGAUCCAUCAGAUCCUGCUGAAGCGUCUCUGGUACGUCAUGCUGGAACAGUUCCUCAUGAAGUAUGUGUGGAGCGCCUCCGGCCUGGUGAUGGUUGCCGUGCCCAUCAUUACUGCCACUGGAUACUCUAAAUACGACUCUGAGGAGGUGAAGCAGGCGGCGCUGGUGAUGAAGGAGGAGGAUCUGGUGAGCGAGCGGACGCAGGCCUUCACCACAGCCAGGAACCUCCUCAAUGCCGCCGCCGACGCCGUGGAGAGGAUCAUGAGCUCCUACAAAGAGGUGACGGAGCUGGCAGGCUACACCGCCCGGGUCUCUGAGAUGUUGGACGUGUUUGAGGACGUGAACCAAGGAGUGUACCGUCGCUCUGCGGACCGAGGGGAGGAGCUGACGGCUGCAGGAGGAGAACCUGAACAUGGUCAGAGAGUCUGUGGUCCGAUGGAGAUCAGAGGUCAGGUGAUCAGUGUGGAGAAGGGGAUUCGCUGUGAGAACCUGCCAAUCAUCACACCCAGUGGAGACGUGGUGGUUUCCCGCCUCAACAUCCAGGUGGAGGAUGGGAUGAACGUAUUGAUCACUGGUCCAAACGGUUGUGGUAAAAGUUCUCUGUUCAGGAUCCUCAGUGGACUGUGGCCCGUUUAUGGAGGAGUUCUGUACCGACCAGAACCACAGCACAUGUUCUACAUCCCCCAGAGGCCCUACAUGUCCGAGGGCUCCCUCAGGGAUCAGGUCAUCUAUCCAGACUCGGUGGAGGAGAUGCUUCAGAAAGGAAUCAGUGAUUGUGACCUGCAGGAGAUCCUCUGUACUGUCCACCUGCUCUACAUCCUGGACCGAGAGGGAGGUUGGGAGUCAGUCAGUGACUGGAAAGAUGUUCUGUCUGGAGGAGAGAAGCAGAGGAUGGGGAUGGCUCGCAUGUUCUACCACCGCCCUCGCUACGCCCUAUUGGAUGAAUGUACAAGCGCUGUCAGCAUCGACGUGGAGGGAAACAUCUUCCAGGCUGCAAAGGAUGCUGGGAUAGCUCUGCUGUCAAUCACACACAGACCCUCCCUGUGGAAGUACCACUCUCACCUGCUGCAGUUUGAUGGAGAAGGAGGAUGGAGGUUCGAGCCUCUGGAUGCCUCCACCCGUCUGUCCCUGCAGGAGGAGAAGCAGCGCCUGGAGAACCAGCUGUCUGGGAUUCCUAAGAUGCAGCAGCGUCUGACUGAACUGUGCAUCCUGCUGGGGGAGGCUGAGGGGGAGGAGCCUUAAACUGGUGCUUUUACUGGUUACCAUGGAAACGCCUUUUACUUCCAUCUUUGUGGGGACCCUCAAUGGCACACAGAACCCUGAAACCUAGACCUCCAACUAAACUAAAACUUCAACUUGGACUUAAUUCUGAACCUGAUCCUGAACCUAAAUCUGAUCCUGAUCCUAAAUCUUAACCUAAGCCAGAUCUAACUUGAACCUGCAGCUAAACCUGAUCCUGAACCUGAACCUGAAACUUAAUCAGAAACCUAGAUCUGAACCUGAACUUGAACCUAAACUUAUACCUGAACCUGGUUCUAACCGGAACCCAAACCUAAACCUGAACUUGAACCUAAACUUAAGUCUGCAUCUGGUUCUAACUUGAGUCUGAACCUGAACUUUAAGCUGAACCUGGAUCUGGUCUGAGGUCUGGACUAUGAAGCAGGUCCAGUAGAUCCAGGACGUCUUUAGGUGGUCUGGUUUCAUCUAACACAACAUGAAGCUGGCUAUCUGGUCUAGUUAACCGGGUCUAAUUAACCUGGUUCCUGAACUUCUCCUCAUAAGGGGGUGGAGCUGGUAGCAGGUGACCAAUCACAGACAGCGACAACAUGUUUGUCACUAGAAGACCAAACUAUGACCUCAGAGUCCAGAACCAGGAAGCAGAGACCAGAACCAGGAAGCAGGUCCAGCAGAUCCAGACCUUUUAUCAGCAGCUGAACUAAAGCUGAACUCCAGUCAGACAUCAGGAGGUGUUUCUACCUGUACCUGUUCCCCAGGUGACCCAGCUGUGCAGCAUCCGUUACCGUGGUGAUGUCAGAGAACCACCAUCUUGGUCCAGAAGGCUCCACCGGAAGUUUGAUCCAGAACCUCAGAUUCUGCUUAUUGGUUCAGUACUCUGUUUUCAUGUUCGACCAAUCAGGACAGCUGACAGGUUGGGGUGGGUCAUGUGACCACUGCAGGUGUUUCUAAUUGUGCCAUUCUGAACCUUUGAUUAUUUGUAGAUCUGAUAGAUUCUAUAUAUUCGAUACACAAUCAAUAUAAUCAAUCAGCAGCUGAUCGAUAAUCAAUGAGUCGCUGCUGAAUCAUAGAACUUUAUUUAAACACUGUCAAGAUGAUACUGUGUGAUGUCACAGGGAUGAUGUCAUCAAGUGUUAUUAACACAAUAAAGUUCAGUAAUUUUAA